UUCAAAGAAAGCAAAGAAUUCAAAGAAUUGACAUCGCCUGUUGCAGUACGGACAACGUCAGGUGCAGACAUCAGAGAUACAUAAAAUGCAUACAAAAACUUCUCGGCAUAUUUUGGAACUCUCAGUCCAAGAACAGAAAGAUUUCAUAAAUUCCUUUGAUUUCGUUUUAAGUGACUGCGAUGGUGUAGUGUGGCUAAUAUUGAGCCCCUUGCCCAAUACUGGGAGAACUAUAAAUCUUUUAAAAUCCGAGGGGAAAAAAUGCAUUUUCGUUACAAAUAAUUCUUUCAAUAACGACGAACAAUUUUUGGAAAAAUUUGCGUCAGUCGGCACUAAUUUAGUAAAAAGUGAAGACGUCAUAAAUCCCAAUAAGGCUAUCGCAAUGUACUUGAAGAAAUAUAAACCAGGGGAACGCGUGUUUUCGGUAAACAAUCACGUGGCGAAUGAGGUCUUUCGAAAUAAUGGUAUCGAUAUUGAAACAUUGGACAUAACAGAUAAUCUAGACCCUGCAUCACUAGCUCGCCUCAUAAGACCCGAUCACCAAGUAGGAGCUGUUGUGAUUGAUAUAAACUUCAAUCUUAAUUAUGCUGAGCUUGCCAAAGCUUAUCAGUAUUUAUUAGACAAGGAUUGCGAACUCAUAAUGGGUGGAUCUGAUACACAUAUGCCAAUGUCAGCCGAUAUGGUUACUCUGGGGUUCGUGGAUUUCGCCAAAUAUCUUAGUAAAUAUUCACAUAAGCAACCAAUUGCGUUGGGUAAACCGUCACCACGUUUUGGUGAUAUUAUCAAAGAAAUGUAUAACAUUACUACGCCAAAACGUUGCCUUUUCAUUGGUGAUUCUUUGAGUAGUGAUAUAGCAUUUGGUACGGUCUGUGGGUUUCAAACCCUACUUGUAUUGACUGGCACAAGCACGAAAGAAGAGAUGCUGGUUGCUGAAGAGAAUCUACGCCCAGAUUAUUAUGCUGAUAGUUUAGCGGAUUUUAUAGAAUUAUUUCAAAAUAUAAAAUUGACGAAAGAACACACUACAUUGCAAGACGGUGUAUACAUACAUAUAUAUCCUGACAAUCUUAAUGAGGACAUAAAUCUUAAAAUUAAAGAUAAUAAUCAUAAUCCAUUCUUCUUUCACGUGUCUUGGUGUAAUAAUGACUUUUAG